CGAGGCCGGCCGAGCUCGUGACCGAGCGAGCGCCUCCUCUGCAUAAAAAACACCGGCGACAGUGAGGUACCUUGAGCCACCCCUGCCACGAGCAGCUCACCGGGCGCCCAGCGGCUAGGACGACCCUCUUGACAGCGAACAGUCGUGACGAUUUAUUUCCAAACAGCACCCACCGUGCAUCGGAACAUGGUGAUGCAACUCACAGCGUGCUCGCUGAGCCGGCUCGCGUCGAGGAUGAAGGAUGGCAUCGUGAGUGAGCGCCAUGUCACCGGCGGUCGGUCCCCCGGAUCCGCCGGCUCGUCAUAGCUGGAUCCGGAGAUGGAUCUGGAGGUGGAUCCGCCCGGAUCCGCUCCAGGAAGCCACUCGCGACCGGUCGUAAAAUGGGUGUGUGCAUCUGCGAGGCGCCUGUCAGUCUCGACCACAGAGAGGGGGGGGGGGUAGUCGUCAAAGGGGGUGAGACUGCAUGGGGGGUGAGACCCGGCACCAAUCGUGGCUGGUACGGCGGUCAGUACGCCAGAACGGCGGCAGAACGGCGGCGUCUGCGGAGCCGGGAGCACGUCCCUUCCGAAGCAGAGAUGGCCGCCCUCCUCUGGCUGUUGGUCCUCCUCCGGGUGACCUGCGGCGUACCGACGACUCCCGCCACCCUCACGGCUGAGGACCAGGCCUUUCUGGAGGACUUUUUCUCCUCGGCCGCAGCUCAGGUGGCGGCGGACGCCCCCUCAGAGACCGCCCCCGUCCCGGCCUGUCGGUGUGUGCCCGCCGGCUGCUGCGGUCAGGACGUGACCUUGACCCCGGCCCGGGUGUCGGGCAGCGGUCAGCUGGACGAGAGGUCAGGUCACUCGGCCCCGGCCGCGGGCUGUCGGGGACGGGGUAACGUGUGCUGUCCGCCCGAGGAGGUUGUGGACGGCACCCAAUGCCGGCAGGGAGACGGAGACUCAAAGAACGGGACAGCAAAGCUGUCUCAGGAGCCAGGAUGCGGCACAAGAACCAGCGUCGCAAGCCAUGGCGACGAGGUGACGCCCGGCCAGUUUCCGUGGCUGGUGACCGUCUGGGAGCAGGGAGGGACCCAUCUGCGCGGGGCCGGGGUCCUCAUCCACUCCAAGAUCGUCGUCACUGCCGCGCACAUCGUCGAAGACGAGCCGGUCGAGUCUCUCGUGGUCCGCCUGCCUUCGGGCGCCGGUGGCGACCUCACUGUGGCCGAGUCCGUACUGCACAUCGACUGGGGUGGCAGGGCGCGCUACCACGACCUGGCGGUGCUGCGACUCUCUGAGGCCGUCCCAAUCGGUCCAUCUGUGACCCCCGCCUGCCUGGGGCCGGCCACACUGGACCCCGGCGAACCUUCCCAACUCACCGGCUGUCAGACCGUACAGAUUAUCGACGAGGAGCGAGCGAGCUCAGUCCGAGCCACCUCGGUCCACCUCCUGACGCGAGAUCAGUGCGAGGAGGGUCUAAAGGCCACCGGUAAACUGCCAGAGACGUUCGGACUCCACUACUCGUUCAUCUGCGCCGCUACUGAACCGGGCUCCGAGUCGGCCUGCCGGACCGACUCCGGGGCCCCUCUGACCUGCGAUGACCCGGCGCGACCCGGCCGGACCGUGCUGGUCGGCCUGCUCUCCUGGAACGCCGCGUGUCGCGGCCUGCUCGGCUGGCCGGACGUGUAUACCAGGAUGGCAGACGUAGACACGUUCUGUUGGCUGGAGAGGACCGUCACCAGGAUGGUGGAGCAGUCGACACCCUUCUUCGGAGAGCCUCUCUGUAUGUGAGCGGCAGUGGACGGAGAGAGAGUGGGGGAGAGGGAGAGAGUGGGGGAGAGGGAGAGAGUGGGAGAGAGAGAGAGGGAGAGAGUGGGGGAGAGGGAGAGAGUGGGGGAGAGGGAGAGAGAGAGAGAGGGAGAGAGUGGGAGAGAGGGAAGGGAGAGGGGAGAAGGAUCCGAGAGACAGCGUGGUCACUAGAGAAUCGGUCAGGGCAGAGAGAAGCGAAGAAAUAAUAUAGACCUGCUGGAGGAAAUGGCGGUUUGCAAUGUUUUUUAUUGUUUUUUUUUUUUUCGCUGGGCAGAGAUGUUUUGUCGAGAUAGUGACUGAAAUGGUUCUAUGCCCGUGGGUAUUUUAUUACGAGUGUAUAAUAGGUCAUGGUGGUCCGCGUCAAUGGAUAUACGGCUCAUUCCACGGA